GAAUGAUCUUUCAGCUGAUCCUCAUGUGCUGUAGGUAUGAUAUUGGCUAAUAAUGUGACUGAUGGGAAUGAUCUUUCAGCUGAUCCUCAUGUGCUACCUGCUUCACAUAUAAACUAUACUGAUGGCCAAAUCAUAUUUGCUUACCUUAACAGAACCAAGAACCCCACUGCUUCCGUUACUGAUGUAAAGACACUAUUAGGAGUAAAGCCAGCCCCAUUUAUGGCUGCAUUCUCAUCUAGGGGACCCAGUAACAUUGAGCCAACAAUUCUCAAGCCUGAUAUCACUGGACCAGGAGUGAGCAUACUUGCUGCUUUCACCGAAGCAGUAAGUCCCACUGGAUUAGAUAAUGACAAACGCCGGUUUCCUUACUCUAUACUCUCUGGCACUUCCAUGUCAUGUCCUCAUGUUGCUGGCAUUGUUGGCCUUCUCAAAACACGGUACCCUCUCUGGAGUCCGUCAGCUAUCAAAUCUGCACUCAUGACUACAGCAAAAACCCGAGAUAACACCAGGAAGUAAAUUCUGGACUCAUCCAUUGCCAAGGCGACACCAUUUGCCUAUGGUUCAGGACAUGUGAACCCAAACCGUGCAAUGGACCCUGGACUCGUUUAUGACGCUACCACUGAAGAUUACUUGAAUUUCUUAUGUGCUCGUGGCUAAAAUGAUACCAUGAU